AUGACCCUGCUCCGCCCUUACCGCCUCUUGUCAUACCACCUCCGCCGCCCGUUCCACCGCCGCCCGUUCCUCUGCCGCCCAUUCCUCCGCUGCCCGUUCCACCACUGCCCGUUCCACUGCCGCCCGUUCCACUGCCGCCCGUUCCUCCGCCGCCCGUUCCACUGCUGCCUGUUCCACCGCCAGCCGUUCCACCACUGCACGUUCCUCCGCCGACCGUUCAUCCGCCGCCCAUUCCACCGCCGCCAGUUCCUGCACCGCCCGUUCCUCCACCGCCCGUUCCACCGCCGCCCGUUCCUACACCGCCCGUUCCUCCACCGCCCGUUCCACCGCCGCCCGUUCCUCCACUGCCCGUUCCUCCGCCGCCCGUUCCUCCACCGCCCGUUCCUCCGCCGCCCAUUCCAUCGCCACCCGUUCCACCGCCGCCCGUUCCACCGCCGCCCGUGUCAGAAUCCCAACCACUAG